UUCACGUCUAUCGGAAUAGUGCACCUACAUAGUGCACACGUACACAAAGUAUGGCGUGAUUUAGGAUCGGACCGGUGAAGCAGUUUCCGUGCGCUUGGGGGAAGAUGGCGCAAGCACUAUCAGAAGAGGAGUUUCACCGUAUGCAGGCUCAGCUUCUGGAGCUGCGAACACAAAACUACCAGCUCUCGGAUGACCUACGAAAGAACACUGCAGAGCUCAACAAUGUCCGCCAGAAGACCUUGACCUUGGAGAAAGAUUACCUCAAAGCACAAAAGGCACUUAAUAAGAGCAAGAAAGCUCAGGAAGUGGACGCGUUACUGAGCGAAAAUGAGAUGCUUCAGGGAAAACUGCACAGUCAGGAGGAAGAUUUCAGGCUGCAGAACAGCACCCUCAUGCAAGAGCUGUCCAAGUUAUGUUCCCAGAUCGAGCAGCUGGAGGCUGAGAAUAAGAGUUUGUGUGAGGGUAGGAGCCUCCAAGCUCAGGUCCCUAGCCCUGUAUCUGGACCAACAGAUGGAGAGGUUCUACGCCUACAGGCUGAAAACGCCGCCCUGCAGAAAAAACUGGCAGCUCUUCAUGACAGCGAGCAAAACCGCAUGCGUGGAGUAGAUGUAGGUGAUGGGAAAGAGGCAGGGAUCGAGAGACAGACUGACGCCAACGGCCUCGACCAGCUGCACACGGACGCUGCUCGUACCGGUGACGAGGCGGCAGCUGUAUCAGCCAGUGACAGACAGGGGACAGGCAUCAGUUUGGAGCAACGAGUAAACGAGCUAAGCGAAGUGGAGCUGAAGCUUCAGACUGAGAUGGAGGAGAAACGAUUACUGAAAGAGCAGCUACAGGCCCUGGAGGCAUCCAAACAAGCUGAAUUCGCAAAGCUUCAAGAAGAGAACGCUAAGCUAUCUGACAAGUUGAAGAAAAAGCAGGAGAGCUUCCUGCAUCUCCAGGGGGAAAAAGAGGCUCUCUAUCAUGACAGCAGGACAAAAAUAGAUGAGAUUCAGCAGCGCAAAGAGGACGAGCUGAAAUCCAUCAACCUGCGCGUGCAGAAACUACAGUCCGACCUGACCAACGCUAAUCAGAAUGUUGCUGAGCUAAAGGAGCAGUUGCAGAGCAAGCAGAAGGAGCACGAGGUGGCUCUCCAUGCACUCAAAGAUCAGCUGCAGGUAGCGUGUCAGAGCGCAGUCAGUCAGGAGCAGGUGGAGGGCAUGCUGACUGAGAACGAGGCUCUCAGGACUAACCUAGCUGCACUAGAACAGAUCCAGACAGUAAAGACCCAGGAGCUGAACCUUCUCAGGGAGCAGAACAUGGCAUUGAAUGUGGAGCUGCAGCAGAGACGCAGCGAGCAGGAGAGUUUACUGGCACAGAAAGAUGACCUCAGCUCUCAGCUACAGGAGUCAAACCGAGCCAGUGGUAGACUUUUGGAACAGAUCUCUGAGCUGGGUCUGGAGAAAGAUAAAGUACAGCAAGAUCUAGAAGAAGCCAGGAAGACAGCAGACAAACGCAAGGCCAUGCUGGAUGAGCUGGCCAUCGAGAUGGCGAAGGAGAAGUCCAGGCACAAAGAGGAGCUGAGCGACGUGCGACUACAGCACGAGAAAGAGGUUCUGGGCAUCCGGGCACGCUACGAGAAAGAGCUGCGCGGCCUUCAUGAAGACAAGAGCCGUACGGAGGAGGAGAUCCGUGGCCAGCUUCGAGACGAGAAGGCUCGCAAUAAAGAGCUUGAGGGUCUGCAGCAGAGUGUGGAAGAGCUGCAAGCUCAGGUGCAGUCCAUGGAGGGAACCAAAGGAUGGAUGGAGCGCAGGCUCAAAGAGGCUGAGGAGACUAUAGAAAAGAACAGACUGCAACACACAGAGGAGAUUGAGAGACUGCAGCGAGAACAAGCCCUCCAGCUCGAGGAGAAAUCGAGGGAGUUCGACGCUGUGACACAACAGAUCACUGCCAUGGACAAGGAGAAAGAGGAGCUCAAUAACACCAUCGCUAAACAAAAACAGGAGAUUAGAGACACUGUAGAUGAACAGCGGAUUCUAGAGAAGAAAGGCAGUUCAGCACUGAAAGACUUGAAGCGGCAGCUCCACCUGGAGCGCAAAAGAGCCGACAAGUUGCAGGAAAGGCUACAGGAAAUCCUGACCAACUCCAAGACCAGGACAGGUCUGGAGGAGCUGGUGUUGUCUGAAAUCAGUUCGCCGUGUCGGACACAGCAGACAGGAGACAGCAGCAGCGUCUCCUCCUUCAGCUACAGAGAGAUGAUGAAGGAAGGAGCGUCAGCACCGACCACCAAUAAGUCCAACACUAGCAGUCCUCAAUCCCAACGACCGGCCGAUCUUUCCGACGACGAGGUCAACGAACUCUUCCAGAGGCUGGCCGAGGUGCAGCAGGAAAAAUGGCUGCUGGAGGAGAAGGUGAAACACUUAGAGGUCAGCUGCUCGUCUAUGGCCGAUGACCUCUGCAAGAAGAGUGCCAUCAUAGAGACUUACGUCAUGGACAGCAGGAGAGACGGAGGAGGAGCCACGUCUCACGCUGCUCACCAAGGAGAGAGAGGCGGUUUGAGUUCGGUGCUCCGGGAUCUGGUCAAGCCCGGAGACGAAAACCUGCGGGAGAUGAACAAGAAGCUGCAGAACAUGCUGGAGGAACAACUUACCAAAAACAUGCAUCUACAGAAGGAUCUGGAGAUGUUAUCUCAGGAGAUUGUGCGUUUGAGUAAAGGCACCGAUCCUGCACAAGAUCCUAAGGCCACAGGCUAAUAUAAAUAAAUCACACACACACACACACACACA